AUGUCCCCCGAGACUGCCAAGCUAUCCCUAACGGAAGCAUAUCACUGGUCCCGAGGUGCGGCCUUACUUAACAAGAAACUUUCAGUCCCUAUUCCUCCCCAGGAUCGCGAUGCUGUCUGGGCGGCUGCUGCUAUGCUGGGGAUCGUUAGCAUGACAUCUCUCGAAGCGGCAACCCCGGAAGAGGCAUGGCCUCUCAAAACUUUGGAGACAUCGGAUUUAAAUUGGGUAGACAUGUCUCAUGGCAAGGAAGCGGUAUACAAAGCCACUAAUCCUAUGCGACCCGACAGCGUCUUUUGGCCUAUGAGGGAUGAGUAUCUUGCCAUGAUGGCUAAACCAUCAUUGUACGAGAUACAAGACAUGCCGCAAGAGCUUGUCAAAUUAUGCGAGCUCGACGAGCUGUCAACACCAACCGAAAGCCCAUACUUCAACGCUGUCUCCCUCUUAACUCGACUGUGGUACGUGGAAUGUAACCAGACAACGAUGGUGCGCUUCCUCCAGUUUUUGAACUUUAUGGACACAAAGUUCCAGCUUUUGCUACACACCAAGGAUCCUCGCGCGCUUUUGAUACUUGCGUAUUGGCAUGCCGAUGGUGCCGUCGGCAAAAGAUGCGCUGUGAUGCCCGAAACCAAGUUCCAUGUUUCCGAUGUCGCUCAACCGGGCGCGAUUGCAUCUUGGAUCCCAUUGAAGAUACCCGCCGACGAAGUGAACGCAGAAGAAAGACUGUCACUCCCGCCCGGUAACUACAGCCGUUCAACGGUGGCAUCUCCACUCGAUCAGCGGAGUGGGUUUCAUACCCCGGUAUCGCGAGAGCAGGAGUAUUCUCCAGUUACGGGACAAGAUUCUACCUUUGAUACGUCCAUCGAUUCGCUCCCUGAUUCUUCCGCAUUGGGAGAUCUGAGAAGAUCUCAAACGGCAGAUCAUCAUGGCCCAGAAUCGCAGCAUCUCAGCCCAAAUGAUAUGAUCGCUCCGGUGUCAGCAGUUCAUUCGAUGUCCGUGAACUUGCUUGAUUCCAAUCAUAUAUUCAUGGACAAUUCAAGCAAAGGUGACGGUCGAGGUGAUAUUAUUGCCCGUGGUAUCGUGAGCGAGGAAAAUGCCAGGAUUAUGUAUGAAAGAUUCAUCGGCGGAAGCAAAAACUUUUUACCGCUCUUCGACCCCAUCCGUGAUACAUUUGACUCGAUUCGGUCACGUUCGCUAUUCUGUUUCACGGUCAUUAUCUACCUGGCCAGCCGUGCUGUAAUUGAUCUACGCAGCGACACGCACAUGCAGCGCGUAUUACAAGACGAAGCCCAGAGACUUGCAGAAGACAGCUUUUUCGAGCGCCCAACCAAACUUGAAACUGUACAGGGAAUGAUUCUCCUCGCUGCUUAUUCAGAGAAAACCUGGUUCUCAACCGCACUCAUUUUGCGUACAGCUUUGGACUCUGGCUUGGAAAAAUCCCUGGAUACGCUUCUCUCUCAAGAGAAUCUUCCUCGAAGCUCCCUCUCUGCUUCCAUGGCUGAUCGUCAGUUGGUUUGGCAGACGCGAACCUGGCUGAUCAGCUUUACUUUGGAACUGGAUGUAGCUUCGGGAACUGGCCGCAAAUCGCGCAUUGGUGAAGUCGAUGUCAUGAAGCUGCGGAAAUUUCUUGACUAUCCCCUUUCCUUACCAUGUGACAUGCGAACAGUGUGUAUAAUUGAACUUCAUCAGCUUCGAGGUCACUCGCGCAUAAUAAUCGAAAACUCAACGACAGUUCGCGAGAUAAUCUCGACCGAAUUACCUACAAUAAUGACCAAGCUACAAAAUUGGUGGACAACAUGGGAUGAAAUUCACAAUAAUAACGGGUUCCAUGCAGGAGCAUUUCAGCGAAGCAGCCUGAAGCUCAUGCUUCUAUAUGCUAGGAUCUUUGUGCUAUGCGCUUCAUUGGCGCGCAUUCAAAAGCUACAGCCCAGCUCCUCCAAUUUUGAAACAGAAGUCAUUGAUCAAAAUGUUAUGAAUCUUUGGAAAUCUCUCGUCAGUACCAUCAUGGAUCAAUUAGCUUUCCUUAUUGGCGAGCCCUCAUAUCGCUGUCAAUUUCCUUGGGCUCCAACCUAUCCAGCCUUAACAAUUGCAUUUGUCACUACAUUUGCACUGCGCAUUGCGCGAUGGCGACCAAACUUGAUUGAUCAGGACUUACUUCUGGAACGGGCAGAGAAGAUAUGUGAUUUUUUGAAGCAACCUCCCUACCCGGACAUUCAUCGCACCGUUUCUAUAUUUGUGAACUAUGCCCGUGCCCUCAUUGCUAGCCAACGCCCGCAGAGCCAUGAUCGGCAAAGCAACGAUGGCGCAGAGGGGCUCAAUGUGUUUGAACAAGGUGAUGGGCCCGUGCCAUCUUACAGGGGUCCAGAAAGUCCUAUGCAAACUGCCCCUCCUUUGGCACACUUGGAAGAUCCUCGGUAUAGUAGAAACGGCACGGCUAUCCCGAAUGAUAAAGACCCAAGCAUGGUCACAAUGCCAGGUGGCGAUGCGCCUGCGACAACCAGACCGCCUCUUCCAAGACUACCUGAUACGAUGGAUGUCCCGACCUGGACCAUGUCAAACUCCAUCGCGGACUCAUUUGGCCUAUUCGAAGAGGGCCAAAAUGACAUUUUUGAUUUCUUGCCUAUGAUGCCCUCUAUCCCCCAAUAG